GGCGGGUUGAGCUGCUUGACUCCUUGCUUGAAGAGGACGUCUCGGAGGUAGGAAGCGAGGUUAACGACUUCAGAGCCUACGCCGGUGUUGUGGCCGGCCGUGGUGCCUGCAAAAAGGAGUCGAGGUUGGUGGAUGGGCGUGUCGGCGUGCUCGUAGGGAUCGAGGUCGGGGAGGAACUCUUCAACGCGUUGGUCGUGUUGCUGUUGAAGGUGCUGUCGGAGGAGCUGUGUGUCGACGUCGUCGCGCUUGCGGCCGCGAUUGAUGGAGAUGUAGAGGUUGUCGCUCAAGACCAG